AUGUUUGUUUGCGCAGCGUCCAGCGAGGUGACGAAGCUUCAGCAGCACUUGGCGCUGCUAAAGGAGGAGUACAGUAAGCUGCAGAGUCACUGUGCAGAAGUGGAGCGCAAGUAUACACUUGCGGCCGCAUCGGCCGGUGACUUGAGCGAGACGAGUUUCGUCGCGCGGCUGCUCAUGACCGUAGCGACACUCUACGGCAGAGAAACCUAUUCAGACAUACAAAUAAAGUUACAGAGCAAGUCUAUGCCGGGUCAUAAGUUUGUCUUGUGUGCCCGAUCUGAUGAUUGGAAUGAAGAAGCAUUGAAAGACCUGAAGGAGUUGGACUGGUCAGUGCUCCCUGAUGAUGUUGGUGCAGCGCUGCUCAAAUGGCUUUACACAGACGUAGUGGACCUGACUCGGGGAGACAUGUUUGCACUUCAGCUCAUGAAGUCCGCAGCCAACUUCAAGCUUAACGGUUUGGUGGGGAAGUGUGAACAGGCCCUUAUUGCCAGUGUGGGAGUCAGGACUUGUGUAAAGUUCUACUCUGCCGCUGAUGAGAUUGGGGCAUCGGCUCUCAAAGAACAUUGUUCCGGACUGAUUUCUGCUCACUGGGAUGAUCUUACAGGCGAAGACUUCGCGCACAUGUCGUCCGCCCUGCUCUACCGCAUGCUGAAGAGCAAGACGCCGCAGCCGCUGCACGGCGCCGUCCGGCUGCUGAGGGAGGACGUCGUGUUCUUGUGUCUCGUCGAAAACCACGCCAAUCUAACAGACAUCGUGAACGCGAUGUCGUCGCGCGGGGAGCUCCCCCUGGAGCUCGCUCUCCGCGGCCACAGUACCUCCAUCGCCACCACCCUGCUUCAGCACUGUGCUGACGCCAAUGCUAGGGGCGCCCGCGGCAGGACCUUACUGCAUCGGUCCAUAGACUCGAGAGACUCGUUCUCUGCUAAGUUCCUUGUAGACAACGGGGCUGACUGUAACCUCACUACUAAGGAGGAAGGCGACACUGCACUGCACCUUAUAGCCGGAUUGACUGCAAGCUCUUGCGAUGAGGAAACUAUGGACCAGAUGGCGGAAAUCGCGGAAGUCAUGAUUGAAAAAGGCGCUGAUAUUAAUCGACAAAAUCGGAAAGGAUUCACACCACUACAUCAAGCAGUCAUAGCACGAAAUCAAAGGAUAUUCGAUCUCCUACUCAAACAACCAGCUUUAGACACAAACUUGCGGACUCUUACCGACGAGCAUCCACCCCUCUACUACGCACUAGUCGACGACAGACGGGCUUCGAUCUCUUCCAGCGAAACUCUAGUCAUGAAUGGGUCUAACCCAUUCGAUACGCCAGUGACCAAUACUGCGGCGUUUACUGAAGAUCCCGUGGAGGGAAAGACUGAGAGUAUCGUGGAGAGAGGGUUUGCUGCUAAACUGUUGGCGAGAGGGUGCCAAAUGAAUCCGGUGUAUUCCGGCUCUGGGGAUAGCUUACUACACAUUCUGGCACAGGGAUGGUUUGAGGACUCGGCUGUAUUUCUGACGGCGCAUCUAAACGGUGAUCUGAAUCACACAAACGAGGCGGGUCUCACAGCUUUACAUGCAGCCUGCGCUAACGGCCUGGCUCGCCUCACGGCCUCGCUGUUAGAACACGGCGCGAGGCCCAACCUACAAACCUCAUAUGGGGAGCAAGAGGAUACUGUUUACAGGCAAACUCCCCUCCACCUAGCGGUGCUAAGCAACCACGAGACCGCCGUCCUAGCCAUCCUGGAACACAAGAAACUCAUCGAGAAAGGCGAUAUGCCCGCCACUGACCGUAGCAACGUCAGUCUACUGCCUAAUCUUAACUUGAAAAACUCUGAGGGAGACACGCCCGUCAGCCUCGCUCUUUCUGAAGGACACAAAAAUCUAGUGGCGCCCCUGAUAGAGGCCGGAGCGGACCCGAACGUGCGCAACGGCAAGGGAUUCACAGUACUACACCAGGCCAUUGUGGAAGAGGACUCCAAAACCGCCAUCUAUUUGUUAGAUCAUGGAGCAGAUAUGGACUCUUUAACGGAAGCCGGCGAAACGCCUCUACAGCUCGCCAUACACUGUCGCCUUGGACUCGUGGUAGAAGCUCUGUGCGUGAGAGGCGUAGACAUGAGUCGCCUCGACGCCAACGGAGUGCCGCCUCUAUGGGCAGCCCUUGAUUCCGGGCAGGAAGAAGUUGCCAGCAUUCUGGUACGAAAUGGCGCUGAUGCUGACUGCUGGGGACCAGGGCCUGAUGGCUGCUUGCAAACUUUACUACACAAAGCUAUCGACGAAAACAAGGAGAAUCUAGCGACAUUCCUGAUCCGUUCCGGCUGUGACGUGGAAUCGUCACGCCGCGCGGGCGCUGCGGGUGAAGGCGCUGACGUCGCCAACGAGAAACAGUCGCCGCUACAUCUGUGCUGCACCUGGGGACUCACUGAUGUUAUACAGACUUUACUAGAACACGGCGCCAACAUCAACUCCAAAGACUCCGAAGGCAAGACUCCCCUCCACAUCGCGAUCGAGAACCAGCACGAGGGCAUCAUCUCUCUCCUUCUCUCCCAGCCGGGCAUAGACUUGUCGGCGAGGGACAACAAGGGCGUGUCUCCUUUCGCUGCCGCGCUUACGGCUAGGAAUAAUAAGGCUGCGCAAGCCAUACUUACUAAGAAUCCUUCGGCAGCGGAACAGGUGGACAAGAAAGGGCGGAACUUCCUCCACGUGGCUAUACAGAAGUGCGACAUGGAGAGCGUGAUGUUUCUGCUGUCCGUCGAAGUAGACGUCAACUCGCGCAUACAGGACAGCAGCACGCUGGCACCGCCCUUACAUCUGGCGGCCGCGGUGGGCAACGAGGUGUUGCUUCGGAGUCUACUACUCGCGGGAGCCAGGCCCAACGAUCGGGAUGCUCAGAAACGCACCGCCCUCCACGUGGCCGCCAGCGCCGGGCACGCCAACAUCGUGUCGGCGCUGCUGAGCGGCGGCGCGGAGUGCGGAGCGGUGGACGCGGCCGGCGACAACGCGCUGCACGUGUGCGCCAGGGAGGGCCACGCCGCCGCCGCGCGCGCGCUGCUCGCCGACUCCGACGUCGACGCCGCCGCUGUUAACCUCAAGGGUCGCAACCCCUUGCACGAGUUGGCCUGGUGCAAGAAGGAUAACGCCGCAGCGAUCUGCGAAAUAUUUAUCGAGUUGAUGCCAGACUACCCCAUCAACAGGACAGAUUUGCAGGGCAAUACUCCGCUUCUGUUAGCGUAUAUGAACGGGCAAGCGGCGAUGUGCAGGGUGUUGGUCCGCGCGGGUGCGUGUCUGGCUCAGGAGAAUAAGGAUGGCGUUUCUAUAUUUAAUUAUCAGGUGGCGACAAAGCAACUGUUGCACCGGCUGCUAGACGCGCUGCCGGCGGAAGCGCCGUGGGCCGAGAGCGACCUGUGCCAGGAGUGCGGCACCAAGUUCACGCUCACCAUGAGAAAACACCAUUGUCGUCACUGCGGCCGAAUGCUGUGCAACAAAUGUUCCAACCAAGACGUCCCCAUACUGAAGUUCGGUAUGAACAAACCGCAGCGAGUGUGCGAGAUAUGCUUCAAAGUGCUCCAAGUGGGCGCCAGUUAGUGCCGCUGUGUUGGCAACACUGGCGACGAUAUCGAUUGCGUAUGAUUGGAUUUUUCCACUACCUUCACAGUUAAAAGACCUUUCAUAAACCUUAUUGCAACGAGAUAAGGUCCCACUAUAUGGAAUUUAUAAGAGCACUCGCCUUCAGCGAUUGGCGAUCUCAUACCGAUUUAGUAUUUUAACACAUUCAUUGCCGCUAAGUGCUACGGGUUACGCUCGUAACGCGUAGCCACGUUUUCGCCGUAUGUAGCGCGUAGUCGCUACGAACAGUGUACCCGACUGCUGGGUUCUUGGCCCUGAAUGUGUUAAGAGCACGACUACGCUCGUAAUACCCGUGCGUCUGUAAACCGAUGAAGGUACACAGAUGUAGCUGCAAUGGAUUAGAAGGCGGUGCGGAAUAUAAGAACGCCUACGUGAUGUGACCGCAAAUUUUCUUAUAUGCUUUAUAAUGAGGAGUCUAUGUACUGGCUUUAUUUGACUCGUUUAUGCUAGAGCAGUUGUAUGAAUUUUCCCUAUGUUAAAGGCGACUGAUGAAAAGAAUGCGCGUAGUUUCCGAUUUAAAAUUACAAAGUUCUAACUACUCUACGACGGCGAAGUACCAUGAACUCCUAACUAACAUUUUUAGUAAUAAACAUUUUCAUUCAUUUAGUAAAAAUAGUUAGGAGUUCGUGGUACUUCGUCGUCGUCUACGUUUUCAAGGGUCGACUGAUUUAAUGAACUUUAAUUUAAAAGAGCAAACCUUUCAUCUAACCGUAACAACAGUAACAAGGUUUGAGUAUGGUGUCAAUAUUAUAUAAACUGCUAACCUCUUUAUCUACAAUCAGACAGUGACUACCUUUUUACAACUGUUCGGAUGGGGUAUGAGUACUGAAAAGCAGCAAAGCAAUACUGUUUUGUGUAAAAUAAUGAUUAAUUUUGAAACACUGUCACAAAAUGAUAUAGAAAGGGGUGAAUGUAGUACUGCCAGUAUUUUAUGGAUCUCUGUGCAUAUUAACAGAUUUAUAUUGCGUUGAUACUACAUUUGUACAUUAUGUGAUGUAAGUUUCCAUCAAAUGAUUAUAUGGUCAAGAAAUACCGUAAUUUUCUUUUGUAUUGUAUCUAGGAUUUUUAUCAAUGAUACUCUUAAACUGUCAAGUUGUGUGGAAUAGAUUUAAAAAAUAAAAUUAGUGCCUCAAUGUUGGCAAGUUAUGUUUCAGUUAGAUGGAACAUAGUUUCACUAUGCCAAAGUCUGAUAGAGCGUGCUUAUAUUUUCAUUUAGAUUUUAAGUUCAAAUUAUUAUUCAUAUAGGAAUCAAAAUUGUAACUUUGUAUUUUAUGAUGAUAGGAUGGCAAAAAUAAGAUAUAUAAUCAGUACUUUGACUUAAAUCUCCAAAAUGAACUUACGGAAUUAGGCGCACGUCCUCCUGUAGAAUUACCACGAGCUUGACACUGACAUAUUCGCUAGCGUCUGUGUAACUUACUAUGCCUCUCGUUCGAACUGGCAUAUUAGUGCGAGCGACGUUAGCGAAUAUGUCAGUGUCAAAGUUGUAGUUUGCCGUACUAGUACAAAUUAAAUGCUGGAAUGGUCAUAGCAUUGAUACUCUUGGACUUCAUUUAAGGUAAAUGGAGCUCCCUUUAGUGUGUACAGAAAGUCAAAAUACUGAUAGUAUCAUAAUGUAAGGAACUUCGUUUGUAGAAGUUAUGCGUGCUUUAGUUUCACUUCUCUCCACUCUUAUCGAAUGUUGCGCCGUUAAUAACAUUAUUAUUGUAUACAAAGUCAAUUUUUGAUACAUAUUUUAUUUACAUUAUUAGUAACUAUUAGUAAUAAGAUUUUGACACAAUAGAUUUUUUUAUUUCUAGACAUUAUUUAUAUUGUUGUGUCCAUUAUUGAAUGCUCUUAAAAUAUGUUUAUAUUUUUAAGGUCACUGAUUAAUUGUCUACACAUUCCAAAUUUAGCAUUUUGUGCAAGUAAAACUUGUAUUUUUGGCAUUUGCAAUAUUCUUAUGAACACUUACUAGGAUAAGGAGAGAAUGUUUUGUCAGAGGCUGUACUUUGCAAGCGUACAGAUGUAGUGCAUAAUACUUUUCCUUCGUAUUUUCUCGGAAACGUUCGUACUUGUCAUGCUACUUCAGUCAACGUCAGUACUUUUUGUACCGAGACUGACUGAAAUAGCAAGACAGGUUCGUACGAACGAAAAUAAUUAUGCAUUACAUCUGUAUAUCUACGAACAUACAUUUAUUUGGCGUGUUAAUGCUUCAGAGUAGCUGUUAUUCUACACAUUUGGCUAUAACAGCUUCUGUGAAGCUCAUAAAUCACCGCAUAUUAGAUAUUAUAGAUUUAAUUAUCUCUGCUAUUGAAUGAGUGCCAUUCAUCUUGAAAACUUGCUUAGUUUAAUUUUUAUAGAGAUUCUUAUAUUUUAUCGAAUGAAUUAUUGUUUUCGUCCAAACUAUUAUUGCUUUAAUAAUAAAAUUUUAUAUGCCUUAAA